AUGGUAGAAAGACACCAUCCUCCCAUGGCAGACCCUCCUCGAUCGCCUCCUCGGAUGAGUAGCAUGGAGGAGUACUUGGAUUGGAUCAAUAAGCCUCCCGAAGAAGCUGAAGAAGUGGAUGGUGAUUGCUAUGUUGAUCCGACAACUCGAUAUGCGAGAAAGCUCAGGGCCUACGCGAGGGAAUUACAUGCGUCAUGUGACCCUGUCAAACUCGCAAACAACACUUGUUUCGACCUAGGAGAGAGUGUCUACGUGAAAUCUGAUAUUCCCUUCAAGAUAAGUAAACGUUACCCCAACCCCAACCAAUCGGUGUACCCCGGUCCUGUCCUGGUCACUGCAAAGGACGGAAACAAGACCAUUACAGUUUCUAGAACUGCUCAUAGAGGAUACCAAACCGUUCCCUUCAGCGAUAUCCAGCCUUGCUUCAACGGUGUCAUUCCAGGAUAUCCCGUGGAUCCUCCGAGUAAGUUCGAGACGACGACGCGGCUGCAACGAGGAGAGGCUGCUUGUUGCGUUUCCAUUGUCAAGGACGGAGACAAGAAGACGUACUACGUCAACUGGCAGGGUUUCCACCCCUUCUGGGUAUCAUGGUUCCGAGAAGAGGAGUUCAAUCGACAGGACUUGAAGGAUAUUCUUGUUCGGUGGAGGAGAUUCCUGUUUUCGACAGGCAGCAGCAAUCUCACAUGGUGA